GACUUGACCGGCCAUGUUGAACGCAAUGACGUCAAAAUGGAGAAUCCCAGGUAUUCCCGCUUUCACUUUCGGUUCUCUAAAAAACUAAUUUGAGUGUUCAGAUCAGGGAUAAAAUACCAAAAGCUUGCAUUAUUAUUUUAUUUAUUAAUUUUUUGACAUUUCGAUCAUAUUGUAUUUUUCAUAAAUGAGUUAGCGGCUUUCAAGUUAGGCGUGUCCUGAUUUCCAGCUGUCAAACCACGUGACAUUUUACUGGGGAAGUCCUUCCACAUUGCUGUAAAUUUUCUACAAAAUAACAUUCAUGGCAAGUUUUGACGCAAAUGAGCACCAGCACAAUCGCUAUAACCCUCUGAAGGAUGAGUGGGUAUUGGUGUCACCACAUCGUAUGAAGCGUCCAUGGAGUGGACAGGUUGAGAAACCACCCAUAGAGAACAUACCCAGACAUGACCCCAAGAAUCCACUCUGUCCAGGAAAUACACGGCCAAAUGGAAAGGUGAACCCAAAUUAUGAAAGUACCUUUACAUUUGAUAAUGAUUUCCCUGCCUUGCUGCAAGAGGGACCAGCCCCAGGGCCCAGUGAUCACCCUCUGUUCAAGGCAUCCCCUGCUAAUGGAACCUGUCAGGUUGUCUGCUUCCACCCCUGGUCUGACAUCACACUACCUCUCAUGUCAAUCAAAGAGAUCAGAACAGUGAUUGACAAGUGGGCAGAACUUAUGGUGGAUUUAGGCAAAAAGUAUACAUGGGUUCAGAUUUUUGAAAAUAGAGGUGCCAUCAUGGGAUGCUCUAAUCCCCAUCCACAUUGCCAGGUAUGGGCAAGUUCCUUUCUCCCCAAUGAACCUCGAGUGAAAGAUCGAACUCAACGAGAGUACUAUACCAAACAUGGAACCCCAAUGUUGGUUGAGUAUGCCAAAAUGGAAGUCCAGAAGAAGGACCGUAUAGUGCUGGCUAAUGCUGACUGGCUGUGUGUUGUUCCAUAUUGGGCAGUUUGGCCAUAUGAGACAUUGGUAUUACCACUCAGACAUAUUCUCAGACUCCAAGAUCUCACAGAUGAUGAAAAAAAUUCACUUGCUGAUAUUAUGAAGCGCCUACUGACAAAAUAUGACAACAUGUUUCAAGUGUCUUUCCCUUACUCCAUGGGCUGGCAUGGUGCCCCCACUGGUGAACAUUACAAUGAGGACCAGAGUCACUGGCAGUUACAUGCAAUGUACUACCCCCCUCUGCUCAGAUCUGCUACAGUCAAGAAGUUCAUGGUGGGCUAUGAGAUGUUAGCUACUUCUCAACGAGACCUAACUGCUGAACAGGCUGCAGAAAAGUUAAGAAACUUACCUGAUGUGCAUUACAAGCAAGCAGAGACAAGUUGA